AUGCAAGAAAUCAGAUCUCUCUCUCAGUUUAACACUCUCAAAAAGUCGUCUCUCCUCAUCGUCGACUUUUACGCGACAUGGUGCGGACCAUGCAAACAGAUCUCGCCCGUUUUCUCACGCCUCGCCGCAUCGCAUGCCUCGACCACCUACAUCGUUUUUGCGCAAUGCGACGUCGAUAAAGCGAAAGAUGUCGCUCAAACCUGCGGCAUCACGGCUAUGCCAACAUUCCAAUUUUUUAAGAACGGCAGCAAAGUGGACGAAGUCAAGGGCGCAGAUGUCCAGCAGCUGGGAACCAAAAUCGGAUAUUACACUGCAGCAGCGAUAAAGGAAGGACCGCCAGCGAGUGCAAGUGGCGCUAAAGAAGCUGGCUCGUCGAAAGGUGCGGAUACUGGACCUGGAAGCUUGAGAAGCUUGAGGAGCUUGAUUGAUAUUAGUGCUGGACGUCUGGUAAAUGUAUCGAAUUUGUCUUCUAUUCGGAAUAUUGCCUCCCCUCCGCCUGCAGGCUAUGCGGUCGCAUCAGCAUCUGGAUCGCGAGUUCUUAUUCAUAUUCCAUUUACGCAAACUAUUACUCCUUCCCAGCUCAAAAUAACGAUCGAUAAAAACUCACAACCGAAUGCGCCCUCGAGAAUACAAAUCGGUACGAAUGUCCCGGUGAAAAUUACGAAAGAUCCCGAAGGAGUGGAAACAAAUGAUUUGAAUAUGGAAUCGUUGUCAAAAGCAGAAAAUACUCAGGCCAUCAACAUCUUUAGUGAUGAAUAUGUGAAUGGGGUGGCAGAUCUGAAACUGAAAGCUAGCAAGUUUACGGGUUGCAAGAGUCUAACGAUUAGGAUUGAUGCAAACUUGAGUGGUGAGGAAUCAAAGGUUACAAAAAUCGGAACCAUGGACAUAAUUGGUGUGAAGGUCUAA